GUCUGCGAAAACUUGCGGAAAUUGGAGAUCACGGGAGUGUCCUGUCGAGACGUUUAUGCCAAACGUAUAAACCCACGAGUGAAGUCGGGGCGUUUUAUGAAAAUCCUUCCCGACUACGAGCACAUGGAGUACAGAGAUGUUUACACCUGCCUGCUGCACCGAUACCGACACAUCCUGGGAUUGUGGCAGCCGGACAUCGGGCCCUACGGGGGACUGCUGAACGUGGUGGUCGACGGUUUGUUCAUCAUCGGGUGGAUGUACCUGCCACCUCACGACCCUCACGUUGAUGAUCCGAUGAGAUUCAAACCUCUCUUCAGGAUUCAUCUCAUGGAGAGGAGGUGUGCAACGGUUGAGUGUAUGUAUGGUCAUAAAGGACCCCAUAAUGGCCACAUCCAGAUUGUAAAGAAGGAUGAGUUCUCCACGAAGUGCAACCAGACGGAUCACCAUCGGAUGUCAGGGGGAAGGCAGGAGGAAUUCCGGACGUGGCUGAGGGAAGAGUGGGGUCGGACUCUGGAAGACAUCUUCCACGAGCACAUGCAAGAGCUCAUCUUGAUGAAGUUCAUCUACACCAGCCAAUACGACAACUGCUUGACAUACCGACGCAUCUACCUCCCUCCUAGCGGCCCUGACGACCUUAUAAAGCCAGGUCUCUUCAAAGGAACGUAUGGGAGCCAUGGGCUGGAGAUUGUCAUGUUGAGCUUUCAUGGAAAGAAAGCGAAGGGGACUAAAAUCACCGGAGAUCCCAACAUCCCAGCCGGGCAGCAGACUGUGGAGAUCGACCUGGCGCAUCCCCUGCAGCUACCCGACGUCGAGAACCUUCGUGAUUUCAGCGAGCUCUCUCGCAUCGUCCUGGAGGUCCAGGAGCAGGUGCGUCGGGAGGAGCAGGAGCAGGAGCACCGGCAGGAGGAAGAGGAGCGCUCCCAGCCUGCUGCCUCCCAGCCUGCUGCCAAGCCCCUGGGAGGAGAAGGUGCCGAGGGGGAAGAGACUGCGGCUGGGGCGGAGGGGACGGCCCAGGACAAGGCACCAGCUUCCCAGCCCUUCGUGCUGCCCAUGGGGGUCAUAUCGAGGAACGAAGACUAUCCCCGGACCUGCCGAAUUUGUUUUUAUGGGACGGGGCUUAUUGCUGGCCACGGCUUCACCAGCCCCGAGCGAACCCCGGGUGUUUUUGUUCUCUUUGACGACGAUCGCUUUGGAUUCAUCUGGCUGGAGCUGAAGUCCUUCAGCCUCUACAGCCGGAUCAAGGUCUCCUUCCAGAACGCCGAAGCGCCUUCCCGGGAGGCUUUUGAUGAAAUGCUGAAGAACAUUCAGUCGCUGGCUACUUGAUGGGUGAUGUGUGAUGGACAGGGCUAGGGGUUGCAAAGGCUGCUGCGCUCCCCAGCCAGGGCUGGGGUGGGGGAUGCCUUGCUCUCGGUACCUCUGAAUAAAAGCAUGCACUUUUAAUAAAGCCUUUUUACCCC